AUGCUAAGAACAAUUUCGACACGUCUUUCUCUAAGGUAUUCAACUGCCAGACCAACUAGUGUGGCCUUCGUGCCUAGACUGGGCGUUUCUUACUACUCUUCUGGUGAGAAACCAGCCGAAGAAGACGACGUCUUUCUGAGGAUCAAAGUGCAACCUAUUGAACGUAAGGGUGAAUCUAUCGACAAGAAACGGGCACGCUUGAUCUACCAGAGUCGUAAGAGAGGUAUCCUGGAGACGGAUCUGCUUUUGUCGCGGUUCGCUGCCAAAUACUUGAAGGAUAUGUCUUUGAAGGAGCUUGAAGAAUACGACUCAUUGCUGAACGAACUCGAUUGGGAUAUCUACUACUGGGCUACCAAGAACUUCGAUACCAGUCCGCUGCCCAAGAAGUGGGAAAACUCCAAGUUGUUGGAAAAACUGCAAGAUUUCAGCCAAAACAAAGAGAAAGAAAUUCUCAGAAUGCCUGAUCUCAAGAACUACUGGCUCAAGGAGUAA